GGAGGAGGAGUCCAGCAUCUUAAGCAAAUCUCACCUCGCGACGCUUGUAUAUAAGACGGGCAGAGAUCGACAGUCAGUAUCAUACACCCCUGUUCAUCUAAACAUGAAGCUUACUAUCAUUGUAGUUGUGCUGGUGUCUGUGGAGGCUGUUCUCGCUAACCCGGAUAAAGGAGAAAAAGAACCUCGUCAUUUAAGCAGUAGCUUCGGUUAUUCUGGAGGGUUUGGUCAACUGGGGCACGGAUUGCACCAUGGCCAAGGUUACCUAGGAUCCGGAUCGUAUGGCCAAGGUUAUGGUACAAGCUAUGGAUCGUAUGGCCACGGGUACGCAGGGCAAGGAUUGUAUGGCCAAGGUUAUGCAGGACAAGGAUUGUAUGGCCAAGGUUAUGCAGGACAGGGAUUGUAUGGGCAAGGUUACACUGGGCAAGGACUGUAUGGCUAUGGGUUCCCUGGAUUCGGAUCGUACAGCCAGACUUACGCAGGAUUCGGGAAACCAGGAUAUGGUAUUGGCAACAAAGGAUAUGGAGUCUUCAGUCACCUUGGCCUGACCAACACUGGGACAGGACAUGGAAUUCAUCAGAAUCUUUUCGGGUCAGGGCUCAGCUUUGGUUCCAGUUUUUCUCACGGCUCCAAGCCACAUGGAAGCAGCUAUUACGGGAGUAACAGCUACAAGCCCUACGGUUCAACCAGCAAUUACUACGGGUACGGUCACUAAGUGUUUUAGUGACCGUUGUUCACUUCAUAGUCUCAUCAUCAAAAAAAUAUUUGUUCAUAU